UUAAAUAUAGGAUAUAAUACAAAAUAUAAUUAUAUAAAAAAAAACGCUCUCUCUCUUCGGCGAUGGUUUUGGCGAUCUAGGGUUCCAAUGAUUUUUUGAAUAUGGGAUCCGGGCAUUCUCGUCAGAGAUUGGAUCGGUGUGGAAUUUCAAGACCACAAUCCUGAUGGAUGGAAACAUGGCUUUAUUUUGGUUCAAUUAGGGAUCGAUUUGGGUAUCAAUAAGGAGAUUUUGGGGAAAUAAGCAUACACAAGAUCUGGUUUGAAUGGAGUCUGAUUCCGAUCAUCAUCAAGACGGAAUCGCGGACUCAUGAAGAGUCAGCUGUUGGACCACAGCGAGGACACGAAGAAUGGUGAAGGUUCUCGUAAGAGACUGAAGAUCUCGGUGGCGCAUUUUGAUAACCCUGCGUUAAUCAAGACCUACUCCAAAACCCUGGCGCUUUUCACAAAUCUUCCAAAGAUCUGGAAAAUGGAGGAAGAGGCUAUUGGAACUGAUUUGGGAUUUGGCAGGUUUCAGUUUGACUUCAAGACGGAGGAGGACCCGGAGGCGGUGUUGAAGCAGCAGCCUUUCCACUUCGACUAUUGGAUGCUUUCCUUGGCGAGGUGGCAACCGAAGCAGUCCAAAUCAUUUCCUUCAAAGAUAAUGUUUUGGAUCAGAAUCAUUGGGGUCCCACUUGAGUUCAGAACGGUUGCAGUGGACCUUGAUGCGUUCAAGGAGCUAUGUUUGAAACUACGAUGGAUUUCAAAGGAGGGGAGUUCUAUGAUGGGGAAGAUGUGGCAGUAUCAUUUCGCUAUGAAAAGCUCUCUGGCUACUGCAAGCUUUGCUCUAGCCUCUGUCACAAGGAGGAGCUAUACCCACUCGAGUUGAAGAAUUUAAAGACGAGUCCAGAGAGAAAGCGGGAAGCCAGAGAGGGAAAUGGAGGAUGGUCUGAUGGGGCAAAGCACGAUGAUCGAGCUAGGAGUUACAAAGGUGUGGUCAUUAAUAGCAAUUUAGGACAACAAAACAAAGAAAGAGAUGGAAUGGACUACUACGGCAAGGGUAAAGGCAAGAUGGUUGACGCACCAGACUCUAAAUGGGUUAAGGUGGCGGAGAGAGGACAUAGAAGACCCUCAAAUCAUCAUGGAUACUACAAAGGGGAGAGUGAGGGAUCACAAUACAGAUCUGCACGUAGAGAAGAUGGGAGAAAUGGUGUUUCAGAAGCGGGAACUGGUGCUCAAGAUGCAUAUUCUAGAUCUUCCUCAAGAUAGCCUAGAGCAGAUAACGUUCCGUAGAUUCCAUCUAAGGAAGUGCGAGAAGAAGGAGAGAUCAAGAGCACUAGAGAGGAUGACACGUUGUUACCGUCUAUAGAGUUCCAAUUGGGGCUGGCUAAGACACAAGCAUAGGGCACAAAGGUAGUUGUGGAGUCUACUGAUGAGGACAAGGGGCUACAGAUGGUUCGAGGAUUGGUAGAACAAUGGGACGAUCAAGAAGAUGAGUUUGAUAUGGAGAUGGACGCUAUCAAUGCUACUUUAGCAGAGGGUGGUGUUGAUAUGGAGGCAGAGGAGGAAUUUCAGACUCUCUCGGAGGAGGAAGCUGAUCAUGCUUCCCGGGCUCAGGAGGAGCUAGUUCGUAUACAACGGGAAGAGGAGGUGGUGUCUGGAAAAGCUGACAUUGAGAUAGGAACGGGGGAAGGGGAUCUGACGUUGAAGCAAGUAAGCCGUAAGAGGCUUUUUAAGCCUUCCAUCAGCACGGCAGGAAGCACCAAGAUGAGGAUGGCUAGUGCGCUUGUCUCUCCACGAAGAAAGGCUGCAGGCAAGGUGGGACAUCAUGGAGAAGGCAGUAAACUGCCGGAGAGAAAGGGUCCUUCAAACCCGAAACCAGUCAACCUCAAAUUUUAAGCUUAUGAAUCAAGUCUUAUCCGCAGUAAGAUUGAGUAAGAAGGAACUAGCUUUUGGGGGAUUUUCAAUUUUUACAAUAAGCUCUAUGAGUAUUGAAGUUUUAUUUAGUUCUAAGGGUAGAAGGGAAGUAGUUAUUGCUUUGUCUUCUUGGUUUGUUUUUAUGCUUAGGAAUAAUAAUGGUUUUUGGUUUUCACGGUGCUCUGAAUUGGUUUUGACGGUAUUUCUAUUCGGUGUUGGCUUCUCUAAUUUGGAAAUGAAGUAUGGCUAUGCUGAGGGUAUUAUAUAUGUGGCAAGCUUUUUAUAUCGUUAUGGGAUUACUGGUUAAUGGUAUGAUGGAGCGGGAAGGUUUUCAGAUUUGGUGGUUAUGGCUCUCUAAGAUACAAAGAGGGGCCGCGAGAAGAGUUUUUUGGUGUUACGAGAACGUACAAGACAGAGUGCUAAAGGUAGUAUCUGAUAUGAAAUAUGGGUUCGAUUUUAUAGAUAUUCAGCUGCUAUCAGACUAUAAGAGUGUUCAUAUAAUUUGUCUCGCUUGUAUUAUUAUUUUGUGGAAUGUAAGGAUAAUUACGCCACACUUUGGUACUGCAGUCGUCGGCCCCGACGUUAACACUUAUUUUGUCGAGUGGAAGUUUAAUUUGUUGGAACUAAGAGCGAUAUUAUGCAAAUGGUCACA